AUGCCACGACUUCAGGUCCCUGGGCGCAGAGCAGUGGUCCGCCGUCAGACGGUUCGUUCUAUUGAGUCGAAUAUCGCAAGAAGAGCCAACCAUCCCCAAAAUCGCACAAGAGCGCGACGACGUCGAGGCCAACCUCGUCCGCCAAUAGUAACACCAGACAACCCCUUCGGCCAUGAUGGCGGACCAGACAGUGACUCUGACAAUCACGACGAUGAAGCAGAAUUAGAACAAGAGAUGUGGUUCGCAGAAGGCUACGGUCGUGGUCCUCUCGACCUAGGCCAAGGAGACGAGUUGAGCAACCAUUCGGAGGAAGAAGAAGAAGACGAUGAUCCAAACUUGCACUUCGUCAUCAACGACGGCAACUCUCUGCGUAUUAUCCCCGUGGCACGAUACCUGAUCGAGGAUGCGCGACAGCGGUUGUACGAGGCAGAAUACGACGACGAUGAUGAUGAUGACGACGACGACUACGACGAAGUCGACGACGACGACGACGACGAAGACAGCGAGGUGGCAGAACAGAGGAUCUUGCAUAUCUUUGAGCUGAUAGCUCAACGUCAGCGUGAGGAGAGGCUUGCAGCAGAGAGGCUGCCCCCGAGAAGCCCUCCACCUCGAGGCCUUCCACGACCUCCAGGCUUUCCACAUCCUCGAGGCAUUCCACCACCUCCAGAAUAUCCACCACCUCCAGGUCUUCCACCACCUCCAGGUCUUCCACCACCUCCAGGCGUUCCGAGAGGCCCUCCACCUCGACACUUCCCACCACGUCCAGGCGUUCCGAGAGAUGAAGCGUCCAGAUAA